GGAAACAAACAAUAGGUUGGAGUUUUUUCCCAAAGAAAAUUAGAUUUUGUCUAGUUAAAAGUACUAAUAUUAUAUUUUCGAUUUAAGACAGAAAAGUAGAUGAGUUGAGCUUGAGUUACCGAACUCAAUGGUGUUCUAAACUGUAGUAAUAAUAGUACCAAAAAGGGCAUAAGUGGAAACUGCUUCUCAAAGCGAACACAGAAGUUACAGAACAGAACCAAAAAGAGGAAGAACAAAGGAAGGAUUAUAUUAGAGCAAAACAAUUUUAUUAUUAAUUAUAAAUAAAAACUCCAAAAGCGAUGGGCAUGGAAUCCUCUUCGGAGAAAGACCCAAUGGAGUCUGUUCUGUCUUUGUCUUCGUCUUCGACCUCAAACUCGUUCGACAAAGAUCGGCACGUCGUGUUCUUGCAGAUGAUGUACCAGCUUCUUCCGUACCAGUACCAAACCCAAGAGAUCAACCGCCUCACUCUCGCUUACUUUGUCAUCUCGGGCCUUGACCUCCUCGGUUCACUCCAUACCAUCGACAAGGACGCAGUUGCUGAAUGGGUAUUGUCGUUUCAAGCUCACCCAAGUGAUAAAGCUGAAAUAAACAAUGGACAAUUUUAUGGCUUUAGUGGUUCCAGAACAUCUCAGUUUCCUCCAGAUGAUAAUGGGGUUUUGGUUCAUAAUGGUAGUCAUUUGGCAAGUACUUAUUGUGCUUUAGCAAUUCUAAAAAUAAUUGGCUAUAACUUCUCCAAACUUGAUUCUGUAACAAUGUUGACAUCCAUGAAGAACCUUCAACAGCCUGAUGGGAGUUUUAUGCCCAUCCACACAGGGGCAGAGACAGAUCUAAGAUUCAUUUAUUGUGCUGCUGCCAUUUGUUCUAUGUUGAAAAAUUGGAGUGGCAUGGACAAGGAGAAAGCCAAGGAAUACAUAUUAAAUUGUCAGUCAUAUGAUGGAGGCUUCGGUUUGAUCCCUGGUUCAGAAUCUCAUGGUGGUGCAACCUAUUGCGCUGUAGCAUCUCUCCGGUUGAUGGGCUUCAUUGAAGAUGACAUUCUCUCAAAAAAUUGGUCAUCUUCCAUAAUUAAUGUACCAUUGCUGCUGGAUUGGAGCUUGCAGAGGCAGGCAAGUGAUGGAGGAUUUCAAGGCAGGCCCAACAAGGAUAGUGAUACCUGUUAUGCAUUUUGGAUUGGAGCAGUACUUCGAAUUUUAGGGGGCCACAAAUUCAUUGAAGAGAAAUCCUUGCGUGGAUUUUUGCGAACUUGUCAGUCUGAGUAUGGUGGUUUCAGCAAGUUCCCGGGAAUGCUACCGGAUCUUUACCAUUCCUACUACGGAUUUACAACAUUUAGUCUUUUGGAAGAGUCCGGUCUGAACCCGCUUUGCGUUGAGCUGGGAAUUGCAGAACUUGCUACUGGAGAAAUCUGACAUUGUUCUUCUGAUCUCUCUAAUGCAAUAGUUUUCUGAGUAUAUGCGUAUAAUAUGAUCAUCCCAGAUUAAAGCCGGCUUGUUUAUUAAAGUAUAGAAAUGUUUUUGCAUUUUUAGGUUGAGGGAUGCAUAAGUCUACUGUUUACUGAUCUUUGAAACAUUCUUUUACCAAAACAAAAGAAAAAGAAGUGGGAAUGUAUCCUAUUUAAUGUUGUUUAUAAUGUUAAGAUUGUUCUAACAUUUACAAGAAAAACUAUAUAUAGAUUUCAUAUAAAUGAUUUUUGUUCCC